AUUCCGUAAAAUUCUAGUUCUAUCCGUCUCGAUAAUCCAUUCCGUACAUACUUCCACCUACAAAUUUCCCGCUAAAAUGUUAUCUAAACCGCACUGAGAUAUUUCGUCAUACUUUGCAAUACGUCAUAGAUACAACUUCUCCAGCUGAUUGUGUAUAAAAAUUAUGAGUUUCCGCGUGCAAGGCCAGUAUUCAGUCGUUCAUAGUUGCCGAUAGCCGUCGGCUGCGCAUUCGUAAUUCAAAUAUUGCGCUUUAAGUAUUUUUUGUGUGUGUAAUAUUGGCCGGUAACCUUGGUUGUGAGUGAGGCCGCGAGUACCUACCUAGCACAAUUAAAAAAGUUAAUCUAGUUGGUCACGAUGUUGAAGAGUGCGUCUAAAGUGACAAUAAAUACAGGCAAUGUGCUGAACUUGAUCGAUAUCAAGAAGAAGGCUGGACAAAAUGUAACCGAAGAGCUUUCAGAGAGCAUCAAGUUAACACUCUCUGAAUGGGGCACUCAGAAUGGUCUACCCGUCCAAAAUGGUGUUGGCCCCACUGGGGGUCACCCACAGACUUCUCACCACCAUUCUGACUACAUGGUAGUGUCAGCAUCCACUGCUGACAAAGCAGAGGCCGUCAUUAAUAUCACCAGACCCCAUGAUGAUGUCAAAAACAAGAUGGCGGAAGAGGAACGCAAGAAUUUGAAAAUUGGUGUCAAGAUCUUUAUUAACGAAGACAGUACGACUGCUUUGACGGAGUGUUUGGAGAAUGUAUUCGGCGCCCUGCAUACGGCGUACAUAGACAACGUGAUUCUAGCGUACAACCCGGAUAUCCUGCAUCGUGAUGAAGCCAGCGAUGAUACCAACCUCAAAAACACACACGCUACUAAAGCGUCGCCCAUUUCUUUGGGGAGUAACGUGCGCAUGUCAAGCACGGAGGUGGAGGCUGACAACGAGGCGGACGCGCGCAAGUGCGAGGCGAUACUGCCCGGCAUCAAGAUACUGUGGGGGGUGCUCGAAGAUUACGUUAAAGAAGGUCGCGUCCAACAGUUAGGUGUAGCGGACGUGGGGGGUGGAUGCCUACGCAAGUUACACGCAUGGGCUCGAGUACGGCCCGCCAUUGCUCAGAUCAACCUGGCGUCGUGCUGCGUGGUGCCGCCCGCGCUGCACGCCUUCUGCCGCGCCAAUGAUGUACAGCUGCUGACACAUGCCGACCCGCCUGAUCUACUCUCAAUCGCUGCCGUAAAGACGCUCUCAGACGCUGGGGUCGGUUGUAACAACUUAGACUGGUGUGCUCGCUACCAGGUCCACAUCAAAUGUAGGGGAGUUCUAGCUCUUAAAGGCUACGUAUGUAAGGCCACCAUCGGCAACAAAUCAGAAAAAAUAGAUAAGAUAGAAAACAUAUAAACAUAGGUAGGUGUGAACAACAUUUGUGUUAAUAUUAAGCUAUUUAUUUAAGCAUUUUCAUGUUGCGCGAAUGUGGCGCCACUAUCGCUCUAUAGUUUUAGUGGCGCUGGUAUGCAGAAUUAUUCACUUUUUUCAAAUUUAAUUUGUAUUUAAAAAACCUUCGCAUAAGAGCCCCCAUUAAUUUGUACACACUAGCAGGUCAACCUACGGUAAUCUGACAUAUUUUAUCAAUCGAACAUCAACCUUCCACUAUUGUGAUAAGGUCGAAAAUCAGUUGAAGUAGGUUGACGUGUCUAGAUAUUCAUAAAUACUUAUGAAAACGAAUUACACAUGUUGAUAAAAUAAUGUAAAAGACGGGAUGGCAGGGAGGGAGUUUGGACUUCUAAGUUUCUGAAAUUAUACAAAUUCCUCUUUAUAAGAAAGGUGCGGAUUCUGAAUGGACUCAAAAUAUAUUUAGAAAAUAUCCAAAUCAAUAAUUAUUUAAAUAGAAAAUUUCAGUGCAACCUUUUUUGAACAUUAAUUUCAGUAUUUGUUUUUUGGUAUUUUUAAAAAUUCGUUACUAGCAACACUCCCAGUUUACAAUUUGAUAGAUUGUUUCUAAAAAAAUAAGUGAUUUUUCUAAUGGUGCAAUAGAAAUUGUGGGUCUUACAAUGCAAAAAAAAAACUUAUUAAUUGUGAAACAUUCGAUUAUCAGUGCAUUUUAGAUAAAUAGGCUCAUUUUAUGGCUUAAAUUGUGAUAUAUAUAGUUCGUUAAACUAUUAAAGCAUACUAUCGUAUGUACUUAUAAUUGUUACUUACACUUUUCUUAGACACUGACAAUAUUCUUACUCUUCUCAAAAGCUACGAUUUAAAGUACAGAAUAUUGAUUUUAAGAGAUGUAACUGUUCUGUAAAUCGUUAUUUGCAUGUCGAUAUAUUUAUCGAUAAAAUUGACACCUAAAAUAUCGAUAGCCUCUUAUAUUGGGUCAUUAUUUGUCUUUGUCUACAUCAAAUAGAGGUUUCUUAUCGAUAACAUGAUUACUAAAGUAUCGACUUAUUUACAGCAUUUUACUAUUGUUAUCAGUGUCUAUGAAAAACAAUAUUUAUAGUUGGUGCACAAGCUAGGUUAUGUGGUUAUCAAUACAAUUAUUUUAACGAUUAAUAUAUGUCAACUUGUCUAUACCACAAAAGCAAUACAUAAUUAUGUUCUAAUUUCAACUUUAUCGAUAUUUUUAAAUCAGUUUUAACUGAAAUAAUUUUGCAAAUCGUUCCAGGCGUCUUUGAGUAAUCGGUGAACAUACAAGAAAAAGAUCCCAAAACUCCUCCUUUUUGGGAAGUCGGUUAAAAAGGGCUGUGAAAAAGCCGAUAUACUAGCUACCAUAAAUGAGUAUAGACAAGUUGACAGAUAUUCUAUAUUAAAUAGUUACCUUAUAAAAUUGUUGUUUAAUACAAUGAAAUGGUACUUCGCAGUUUUGUGAUAAGAAUUAUUGUUAGAAUCCAUUUUAUAGGCAAGGAAAGUUGUAGCGCCUGGACAUUUUAGAAGAGCAGUAUGACGCUCAUCCUUACAAAUAGAUUAAUUUAAUUUACUAUCACAUGCAAAUUUUUAAAAAACUCAAAAAUAAUUACCUACUACAAGUUAUUUUUGAGUUUUUAAACAACUAUUGCGAAGUGUAGUCAUUUCUAAAUUUAUGUGGUCACGAUUACCAAGGCCAUACUAGGGAUGGGUGACCAAACUAUUGCUUUUUUUCCUAUUGGUGCUACUUUUCUUGCCUAUAAAAAUGCUGUUUUUAUACAGAAUGUUACAAAACCGUAAGCAGUUGAGAGGGUAGAUAACUUAACGGGCAUUUUUGUAACAUCCUGUACAGUAUAUUAUAGUAUUUCGAUGCAGUUAACCAUAGUUAUAUUUUAUCAUUUAAACAGGUUAUAAAUAAAAUUGAAUGUAUGAAUGUACGGUCGGGAUAUUUUUAUACGGACUGUACUUAGGAUUUGUAAUCUCAUUUUACACUUAAUUUUAUUGGUUUCUUACAGCCAGUUUUUUCAUCAAAAGUAAACGUCAAAGUAAUAUCUAAAGUAAAAGUAACGGUCAAAUUCGUUUUUACUAUUAGUUUUGCUGUUACUUUAGCCUUGGAAUAAAGGGUCUUGACAGACAGACAGACGGACAACAAAGUGAUCCUAUAAGGGUUCCGUUUUUUCCUUUUGAGGUACGGAACCCUAAAAACGAAUUUGACCGUUACUUUUACUUUAUGACAUUACUUUGGCUUUUACUUUUGAUGAAGAAACUGGCUGUUAAUUUUGAAAAUUCAUCUGUCAAAGUAAUGGUGAGUUGCACUAUGUAAUUACAUGUACGUAAUGUAUAACGAUAACCAAAGCUUAACCAGCCGUAAGAUCGGCGAUUUGAAAGAAAUGGGUGCUUUCGUUAACGUCAUAUAGUGCAAUCCACACUUGUUAUAUUCAAAUUAUAAUUAUUUACGGUUGAAAAAGAUUCAUUACUUAAUUUAUCAGUGGCGCUUAAGCAUUUUUGUAACUGAAUAUACAAUUUUAUCCAUGCGCGUAUCCUAUCAGUAGCGUUGCAUUUUCAAAAUAGAUGGUUUCUAAUAUAAUUACUGCCUUCAUUACUAGUAAAAUAUAAUUGUAAUAUUAUAAUAUCAUAAACCCAGUAAUAGUAAGAAAUUAUGUUAAAAAAAAUGGAUACUAUUAAUCUUGAAAUAUUUUUGCUAUAGCAACAUUCCGACGCAAACGCCCCCAAAAAGGUUGUAACACAUCACAAUGGCAGUUUUUUUUUCAUGAUUAACAAACAAUGUUACACGUGCAAAGUAUACCCCUCAAACAUUUUAAUAGAAUAUUACGAUAUAUUAAAUAAUAUUUAAAUAAAUUAUUCAUACAUAGGUGCCUCAUACUUAAAAUUAAGAUGUUCUAUGUGACCUUAAAAAUGCUUAAAAAAGUGUAAAAAUGUUUAUAAUACAUUCAAAAAUGUAUCAUGUAAGAUGAAACCCGAAUUGUUUUAAAAUUAAAGUAUUUAUUGAAUA